AUGGCCAGGAUCAAGCUCGGGUUGGUACCUAAGAAGAAAAAAUGGGGCGUGCAGCUUCUCUGGUGUCAGUGGCCUUUUAAAGAAAAGGAAACUUUGGAGUUUAUUGAGCGGAUCGAAAGAUUGAAAUCUCUCUUCGAUCUUGCUACGGGUGAAUUACAGCAGUCUCAACUAAAAAAGAUCGAAAAUAACGUACAACAUCUCGUGCAAGCAGCUCAGGGUUCACAUGGGUCUAAGAAUACCGAAGACCAGAUCAUCCAAUGUGCUCUACUAUGUGCACGUACAAACAAACCCAAUAGGGAAGUAAUAAUCAAUUGGCUGUACUCGGAAGCAUUUGACAAGCGCCAUACCGAGAUUAGUGGAAGAAGACAACCGAACACUGGGGAAUGGAUAUUGAAAGAGCCAGAAGUCCAAGACUGGGAGAACGGGAAAUCGAAAUCUCGACUACUUUGGGGUUACGGUAUACCUGGAGCGGGAAAGACCUUUUUGAGCUCAUUCAUGAUCGACCAUCUUAAAAACCGAGCAUCGACAUCAUCGAAGUGCGGCGUAGCCUAUAUCUACUUCAAUUAUAGCGAGCAAGCACAGCAAAACCCAUUAUCAGUUCUUGCCAGCUUGACGAAACAACUUGCGUGCCAGCUACAAGAAUUACCCACGGAGAUCAACAAGCCAUACAAAAAUAUAAUCGAUAAGCAAAAAAACCCCAGUUUGGAGGAACGUUAUAACAUAUUCCUCAUAAUUGCAAAAGCAUUUGCCCCGGGCAAUGUCUUUCUUGUUUGUGAUGCUCUGGAUGAAUGCAAACAGGAUACCCAACGAAAAAUCCUCUUGCCAUUGUUCCACCGAAUGACAAACGAUGGCAUGAAUUUAUUCAUAACGAGUCGCGAAUUUCCUGACGAUAUUCAAACCUCUUUCAAAAACUCGUCAAAGAUUAGGCUCUGGGCCAAGAACGAGGAUAUCAAUGUCUCAGCUGAAAGAGUGCGCCAAUGGGAUGUCAAUGUCAAACAGCUGCUUGCAGCCCUCAAAAAGCUCAACGAUUCUUCCAGCAAGGACGAACCUACUAUGGAUCCUACAUAUGACAGAGUCAUGGAGAGUAUUAGAUUGCAAGAAGGAAAUUGCACUGAGCUAGCCUUGAAGAUACUAUUCUGGCUGGCCAAUGCCCGACGUGUACUCACGGUUCGCGAGCUUCAAGUAACAGUCUCCAUUGAAAACGACUGCCCCACUUUUGAGAAGACCGCUUUAGCAGACAGAAAUACACUACUUGAUGUUUGCGCCGGCCUCAUGACAAUAGAUCAAGAGAAUAACGAGGAAGAAAAUGAUCUCAAGGAUACUGUCAGAUUAGCUCAUUAUACGAUCCAAGAGUAUUUGCUCAGAAAAUCGAUAACACCGAACGAUGGAGACAUGCAGAUAGCCACAGCGUGUAUCACUUUUAUCUCUUAUGAUCACUUCACCCAAGGCGCCUGUACUCCCCACAAAUCCGAUGAAUCUAACGGACCCGACGGAUCUAACGGAUCCGACGAACCUGACAAAUCUGACGAAUAUCGGUCAUACCUUCAUACUUUCCUCAAAUACGUCGUUGUGUACCUGACUAUCCAUCUCGGAGAAUGCGAUGAAACCUUAACAACACAACUGGUCCUUCAAUUUCUUGAAAAUCCCCAAGUGUUUUUGGUUUAUGUAGAAGGUCAUUUAUUGUUAGAUGAUCCCUAUUGUGAACUGGCUACUCCAUUACACUUUGCUGCCGGUUAA